AUGCCACUUGUAUACCGCACAUACUCGUUUGACUCUACCUCCUCAACCUCCGAGUCCUCGCCGUCGACCCCUGUCGACCUCGACGACACCAUCGUCCUCUCGGAUCUCGUCCGCACUGGCGAAGCCUCCAGGCUCCGACGACGAGGUGCCAUACGAAUGGACCACAACGGAACCGGCCUUGGAAGCACUCAGCGACAUCAAGAAUCUACCGAGAUGCUUGACUGGGGAUACGGCGACCCAGACGCGGAGGACGAGAUUGACGGCGGGUACGACUGGCCGGAAAGGGAGCUGUUCGGAGAAGAUGGGGGCGUGACACUCGGGAUGGAGUAUACUCUGUACUGCGGCACGGAGGAAGAAGCGAGCGACUCGGUCUCGGACUCGGAAGACGGCCCUUACGAACUGUCACCGCUGCCAUGCUACCCACCACACCCCGCGCAGACGGUGCGACAUCGACCGCGCCGCACUCGACGCACGGGAUGCGGAGCCGUUAUACAUUCUAAUGCGAGCCCUCGCCUCUCGUGUAGCGUGUGGGCAGCAAGAAGCCCUGCGUCUGAAGUGGUUGUGCCUCUCGACAAAGAGUACUUCGAUGAAGGGACCGCUCGACAGCUCGUGCAGAGCUCGUGCGGCUGCUUGAGAGAAGGUGUUGGAUGUGCUCAAUGCGGCAACAUCCUCGGCACACGCUACAAACCGUGCCAGGUCGCCACGAAUGGCAUAUUUGCGCCUCCGUUGACGUCGUCAAGCGCUCCAAUUUUACGCAGCCGAACGCAUCAUACGCCCACUUACAUAUACAGCUUCUUCUCCAGCAGCGUGUCGUCUCACCCAGAAUUCCAGUUCGCUCCUCCCAUCGCCGUCCACAUCCAACGGCAUUCAGAGCGCUACCCGGAUUACGACUCCGAGUACCAGACGCCGACGGUCAUCGCGCCGGACGCUCCCGAUGACGACGGUCCGUGGUCAGCGUACAUGCGUUCUCCUAGUCCAUAUUCCUAUUCCUAUUUCGUCGACCGGCCUCUGGCGAACUCGCCGUUACCGAUAACUACGACUCUCGACAAUGAGCACGCCGAUCAGCCGGAGCCGCUCGGUCCUGCUGAAGAUCGGCGAGCGGACGACGCGUCCCCCGGCGCUGAGCAGCAUACUCCACUUGUCCCGUCUCCAUCGGAACAGGACAAAACACCGCUCGACCGCUAG